GUGUCGAUUGGAUUUACUAUUUUGUGACAGUCAAGGAGUCUUGCGAACGCGAUCAGGAAUCGGAACGCACCAUUGCACUGCUCUGCUCUGUGGCGAGUAUCAUCGAAGUUGAAAGGAAAAAAAUCAGAACUUUCGCGGUAUUCAAAGUUGCAAAUGCAAAGUGAAGUGAGUUUAGCGAGAAGAAAGUGUCUUAUUUAGUGUAUUAAGAGAUAUCUCAACGCCCUGAGAUUUAAGAUUCCAGUUUGGCAAAGGGAAUUAUUCUCAAAGCGAGUUGCAGCAACAUUUCAGGUACGGGUAAACAUGUAAGGUGCUUGGUUCAGCCGCCAUGACGCACCCGGCGACCAAGUUUGGCUUUAUUUUCUGCAAAUACGAGUUUUAAGUGUGAUGAAGUAAUUAUGGUAUUCUAUGUACAUUGCAGCUGCACCAAAGUAGGGAAUAUACCCGGCCAAAUUGGAAAUACUUAGUUCACGAUUCGUGGGCAUUUUCGGUCCGCCGCCCGGGACAAGGGAGUAAAAAGUUUACUCGUACAACAAAACGACUGACCGGCCGUCACCAUGGCAAGCUUAUACAGCCGAGUAAAGUUGCGCCAUGAGCGACUAACAAAAGUUACUGCGGACUCCGAAGCCCUCUUGCAACAACUUCAGGCUAAUGGAGCCGUUAGUGAAGACCAGUUCACAGGACUCCAUAUAAAAUUACGACAGUGCUUGGACAGCUUCGAAAGAGAGAUCUUUCAGUACCUAAGGGUUGUACCGGAGGCGGACAUAGUUGGCAUGACCGAGGACCAGCUCAAGGCCGAAGACAUAUUGACAGACCUAGAAACGGCAUGCCAACUCAACAAAAGGCGAAAUGAGUCAGUCAACAAGUCGAAGUUGCCAGAACUGAGCCUGCCUUCCUUCUCCGGUGACCACUUAAAGUGGUGCGAAUUUUGGGACCGAUUUGUUGCUAACGUGGAUCAGAGAAAUUUACAGGAAUCUGAAAAGCUUAUGUACCUCCUGAGCUGCCUGAAAGAUUCAGCGUUAGAGACCGUAUCCGGAUUAGCUGCAACCAACGCAAACUAUUCUGUUGCCGUUGAAACCCUAAAGAAACGGUACGGCUCAACACACACCCUCAUUGAUGCUCAUUAUUCAGCCCUUAACAGCCUCCGGAAGGCAGAUUCUACUAGCGCGAGUUGCCGGAGCGUGCUGGAUAAUAUAGAGCACAACAUCCGUGUGUUAGAAAAGCUCGGAGAGCCGAUUGGAGGGAACCAUCUGAGAUCCCUGGUAUUAUCAAAGUUUCCAGAGAAGGUCAUCCACGAACAUCAUCUGAUAGGAGGAGGUACUGAUUUGUCAGCCAUACGAAGUAGCUUAGACAGGAUUAUAACAGCUAUGGAGAAAUCCGCCUCUUCUGUGGGUGACACUGAGUUCAUUGCCGUACCAGGUACUACGACUGAAGCACUGCAAGUCCGUACUGAAGUCAGACCAUCAAGUAGCCGUAAACGAAAACAUCCAGGAAACACUGGUGCACAACCUCCGAAGAAGGCACUAAGGUCAUGCUUGUUCUGCCAGGGGAAAGGACAUGCAAGCAGGGACUGCCGUAAAUACACCACAGUAGAAGCCAGGCAAAAACAAGUGAAGGGAAGGUGCUUGCACUGCCUCCGACGCAAUCAUGCAGCAUCAUCCUGCAAACGCAAGAUUGCUUGUUUCCGCUGUAAAGGAGAUCACCUGAUCUUAUUCUGUCCCAACCCAGCUCCCGUUGACCGCAGUGGCAACCCUUCAAAACCCGCUAACUAGGAAGGCCAUCAGAGGAAGAGUCUUUUUGGAUAGUGGAAGCCAACGUAGUUAUAUUACCCGAGCGACUGCAAAAAGGUUAAACCUGCCCACCAAUGAAAAGGAUCUUCUGCUCAUUUUCACCUUUGGAGCCUCUGAACCUCAGCAGACGUCAUCCCCUUCAACUACAGUCAACAUACAGACAAAACGUGAUAUCACCAAACAGUUUACUGUAAAUGUGGUACCCAGGAUAACAGACAGAGUACCAGUGACAUCAUUUGAGUAUCCUGGUGUUGACAUUGUUGCUGAUGAUGGUACGGUUGGA